AGUUUUAAGCAAAUUUUACUCUCCGAUCCAAAAUGCCGAUUUCCGUCCAAAACAUGUUCAAAGAACGCAAAUUCCCUUUCCUUUUCGCUUUCUCAUUUCUUCUCAUUUCCGUCACCAUCCUCCUCUUUUCCUACUCCUCCUCUUCCCCUUCCCUCCUCCUCUCCACCAAUUUCCAAGUUUCCGAUCCUCUUCCUCCACCGCCGCGUCCGUUACCCACACGAUCUCCGAACAAUGUCCCCGUCUCCUCCACGAAACCGGUUUCCAAGACCACCGCCGCAGCUUCUGACGUGGACUUGAAUGUGAGUUUGGAUAUAAAAUGGGAGAACUGUCAGUUAGGUCCGUUGGCGGUGGAUUAUAUACCGUGCUUGGAUAAUUGGAAAGCGAUUAAAGAAUUGAAAUCCAGGAGGCGGAUGGAGCAUAGGGAAAGGCAUUGUCCGAAGCCCAGUCCGAGAUGUUUGGCGCCUUUGCCGAUUGGUUAUAAGGUUCCGGUUCAUUGGCCUAAAAGCAGGGACAUGAUUUGGUAUAGCAAUGUUCCUCAUCCUAAGCUUGUGGAAUACAAAAAGGAACAGAAUUGGGUGCGAAAAUCUGGUGAUUAUUUUGUUUUCCCUGGUGGCGGUACUCAAUUUAAGAACGGUGUUCAAAGCUACAUUGAUUUCAUACAUAAGACUUUACCAGCUAUUAAAUGGGGAAAGAACAUUAGGGUUAUUUUAGAUGUCGGCUGCGGUGUUGCUAGCUUUGGUGGUUAUUUGCUGGAUAAAGAUGUAAUUACCAUGUCAUUUGCCCCCAAGGAUGAACAUGAAUCUCAGAUACAGUUUGCUCUAGAGAGGGGAAUUCCUGCUAUACUUUCUGUCAUCGGUACACAAAAGCUAACAUUUCCAGACAAUGCAUAUGAUUUGAUACAUUGUGCACGAUGCAGGGUUCAUUGGGACGGAGAUGGUGGGAAACCAUUAUUGGAGCUGAACAGGGUUCUUAAGCCAGGAGGAUAUUUCAUAUGGUCUGCUACACCAGUUUAUCGAGAUGAUGAAAGAGAUAGUAAAGUUUGGAAGUCAAUGGUAGCUUUGACAACAUCCUUAUGCUGGAAGAUUGUGGCUAAAACUGUUGAUUCAACUGGAGUUGGGCUCGUAAUAUAUCAAAAGCCUUCCUCAUAUUCCUGUUACAAGCAGCGCAAAGAAAAACUUCCACCUUUGUGUGAACAGAAAACCAAUCAGAAUGUCUCAUGGUACGAGCCUCUUAGUUAUUGUAUUUCGCGUCUUCCAGUUGACAGGAUGGGUAAUUUGCUCAGAUGGUCCACACCGUGGCCACAAAGGCUUAGCAGUAAGCCUCCAAGCCUUCCAUCCGAACCAGAUGCUGAAGACAUAUUCAUCGAGGACACCAAACAUUGGGCAGCACUUGUAUCAGAGGUGUAUCUUGAUGGGCUAGCUAUAAGCUUGGGGCGGAUAAGAAAUGUAAUGGAUAUGAAUGCUGGUUAUGGAGGGUUUGCUGCAGCUCUUAUUGACCAACCUCUUUGGGUGAUGAAUGUUGUACCAAUUGAUGCACAAGAUACAUUGUCCAUUAUUUUCGAAAGGGGGUUGAUCGGAGUCUAUCAUGACUGGUGUGAGUCUUUCAAUACGUACCCUCGAACAUACGAUCUACUGCAUGCCAGCUUUCUCUUCAAAAACCUAAAAGAGAGAUGCGAUAUUAUUGACUUAGCUGUGGAAAUGGAUCGGAUACUUAGACCCGGUGGAUAUCUUUUGGUCCAAGACACCAUGGAAAAUAUUAAGAAGCUCAAUCCGGUACUCCGUUCACUUCACUGGUCAACAACACUUUAUCAAGGCCAAUUUCUUGUUGGCGAGAAGGGCUUUUGGCGUCCGAGUGAGAAUGAUAACCGAAAAGAAACAUGAGCAGCUAUCCAGGUUCUUCCACUCCCAAUUUGUCCUCGAUUAAGAUUGGACUUCAACUCUGCAACAUUCAAAUACUUCUUUACCCUAAAUUCAAUCCUAUAGAAGAAGGAUAAGUUUAUAGCAUUAAAAUAGCUUAUCUGUCGAUUAAAUUAUCCGAGUUUUGCUCGGCCAUGAACAACAGGUCCAGCAGAGGUUUUGGACAGUUACGUUAGACGGACUCGAAGUGAGUGUUGUAUUCAACACAAGUAUUUUCAAUUUCUUUUAAAUUUUGUUAAUUAUUCAGAGGAUCAUAGAUCUUGUACUAAUAUCUGAAUGUAUCAGACGUUGAUAUUUUCUUUUAAAAAUUUUAGUCUGAAUAAUGUUAGAUGAACAGCUGGAAAGGAAAAAAAAAAGCAAAUGGUUUCGCCUUCUUCA